UCAUAUAUUUAUCCUUAAUAUCGCCACCUGAUCAACAUCGAUCCAGAUGCGAUGUAGAUCAACAUGUCCAAAUUUCUCCAUUGAUUCUUCUUCAAAUUAAAAUUUCCACUUACCUAAACACAUUGCAAUUGAGUCCACAUACAUACAUGUACACACUUUCUUGAUUCCUCAAAAAUGAAAUUAAAAUUCCACAAUUGUAUCAUCUUUAUUGUAAUUCACACAAUCCUCACGAUCGCACACUCAUCGGCCGCGUUGUGCAACCACACAUGCGGCCGCCGGAAACUCCCGUUCCCCUUCGGCUUCUCCUCCGCCUGUCAAAUCCAGCUCAACUGCUCCGGCAACGGCACGAUCCUCGCUGCCGACUUCCCCGUCCAAUCGGUCAACGCCGAAACCAUCCUAGUCAACCUCCCGGCCGUCUGCGGCCGCCCCGUGGAAGCGCUCCGCCGCCUCUUCACGGCGAACCUCGCCCCGACCUCCCACAACGCCGUCCUCCUCCACGACUGCCGGAAUCAGAGCAGCGGCUGCCUGAUCCCGACGACGAUGGUGCAGACUCACUUCGAGCGGCUCGACUGCGACGCCGGGAACGCCACCGUCAGCUGCUACUCGGAGCCUGGCAAUACGACGUCGUUUAUCGACUACGGUAACCUCGCGAGGAGCGGAUGCAGAUCGCUGUUCUCGGCGAUUUCGAUGGAGGCUUACUCGAAUAGCUUGUCGGUUUCGCUGGAUGUUCAGGUCGUCAGAGUCGGGUGGUGGCUCCGCGGGGGCUGCCGCUGCUCCAGGAAUGCGAGGUGCGUUCGUGUCUCGCCGCCGCUGGGCGGUGAUGAAACGACGGCGUAUCGGUGCGAGUGCUUUGAGGGGUUCGACGGUGAUGGGUUUCUCGACGGAGUUGGAUGCCGGAAAGAAUCACAAGCAUGUAAUCCUUCGAACUAUUUGUCUGGGAAAUGUGGAGGAACAACCAGAGUUGGCGUUCUAGUUGGAGGUGUCGGAGCAGGUGCUUCAUUAAUGGUGACUUUAGGUCUCUUGUUCUGUUUCAUUAGUAAAAGAUCAAAACUAAGAAGCCGAAGCAAGAAAAGCAAAAAUCUAUUGGAAACAAGUGGAAUAACAAUCCCCAUCUAUUCCUACAAGGAAAUGGAGAAGGCCGCCGACUCCUUCUCCGAGAAGAGAAGGCUCGGCAACGGCGCCUAUGGCACGGUCUACCGCGGUAAACUGAACAACGACACCACAGUCGCCAUCAAGCGAAUCCGCCACAGAGACAGCGUCGGCCAAGUCAUCAACGAGAUCAAACUCCUCUCCUCCGUCAGCCACCCCAACCUCGUCCGCCUCCUCGGCUGCUCCAUCGACAACGAGGAGCAGAUCCUCGUGUACGACUUCAUGCCCAACGGGACCCUCUCUCAGCACCUGCACCGAGAGAAGGACCCCGUCAUGCCCUGGCCCGUCCGCCUCACCAUUGCCGCGGAAACGGCCCAGGCCAUAUCUUAUCUUCACAACGAAAUGAAUCCUCCCAUAUACCACAGGGACAUCAAGUCAAGCAACAUCCUCUUGGACGGGGAGUACCGGUCCAAGGUGGCGGAUUUCGGCCUCUCCCGGCUAGGGAUGGUUGAGUCCUCCCAUAUCUCCACUGCGCCUCAAGGUACCCCAGGGUACCUUGAUCCGCAGUACCAUCAGCAUUUCCAUCUCUCAGACAAGAGCGACGUGUACAGCUUUGGCGUUGUGCUGGUCGAGAUCAUCACCGCGCUGAGGGUCGUGGACUUCGCCCGGCCUCAGAAUGAGGUAAAUCUGGCUGCUCUGGCUGUGGAUCGGAUAGGAAAAGGGUGUUUGGAUGAGAUCAUCGACCCGUUUCUUCGACCGAGCCUUGAUUUGUCAGUGCAUAAGGUGGCUGAGCUGGCGUUCAGAUGCCUGGCCUUCCAUAGGGACAUGAGGCCUACCAUGAUGGAAGUGGCGAUUGAGUUGGAACAGAUAAGGAUGAGUAAAUGGGGAUUGAAUGUGGUGGUUAAGAAGCACGAGUACGACGUCGUCGCCUUUUUUAGCAGCACGAAUUCGAUGGAUACGGUCACCGACUGUUCUCCUAUUUCUGCAGCGGAGUCAUGGCAGAGUGAUCAAAGCUCUCCGUCUUCGAAUAGUCUGCUAAAUCGCGCACCGAGCUGAUUACAGUAAACUUGUUUUGUAAUAAAAGAAUGAGCACAUAUGUAUGUGAUUGCUAGGCGUAUAUCAUAAUGUUUGUUUUAGUGCAAUUAUCAGUAAAUCACUUGUGACUCUAAAUGUACCAUGUUGGACUGUCAAUAUACAUUCAAACAUUCACUCAAACUGAUGGAGUGGAAUUGAGAUGGGCCUCAAUAUUUAAAAUGAUUUUACCUUUGGGCUCUUCAUUUCA